AUGGAGGACGACAAAGCUGCCAAAGUCAAGAAGAAGGGGACCACUCAUCGAAAGUCCCUUUCCUGCGAGUAUUGCAGCCGAUCCUUUGCUCGCUUGGAGCAUCUCCAACGCCAUCUCCGCACUCUGCGACACGAGCGCCUGGUUCAUCCUGCUGAGGCUGCAGCCGGUCGAGAGCAUCGUACACACAACGGAAAUGAGAGCAGUCAUCAUGAAAUUCCAAUCCAGUCGACGAUAAUUCAGCCCGCUCAUCACGAGUCGCGCAUGCUCGAGCUGGCCGACGCCAUCCCCGUCCACACCCAAAUCGCACCUCCACCUCCCGAGGUACAGAUCCAACCACCCCCAAUAGUAGAGACCACACACUUCAAUCCAUCCUGGGGCUAUGACCUUAAUCUAUUGUCGCAUGCUGCAAGCCAUGUCGCUUUGGAAGGACAACAGGAGAGCUUGGAUUCAAUCCGAAAAUCAUCGCAUUCGGUCGGCACACCAUCACAAUCUUUUCAGGCGCCAGAGAGAGCCAUUACCGAUAAUUAUGGUUUAGAGCCCUCCAUACUUGAUCUGACAGAUUUGGGUGACCCGGUUCAAGAUUUCACUGUCUUUUUGGAAAGCGUGGGCCUGUCGUCGGAUUGGGACUCCGGGGUAUUCUCAUCAGUAGAAGAACCAAUGUUGCCUCCAGGUAUGCCAAUGGAUUCGAAACCUCAUGUCCGAGAAACAACAUCUUCGACCAGGCUGGGUGGGGAACUUAUGAGUGACCCACGAAUGCAUAUGGAUGAGCAGCCGUCUUUCUCUAACUUUGGAUCCCGAUUGCCAUCGCUUCAACCCGAAUCUCAUGAGAUUGAGGAUCGCAUUGGUCUUCAGGAUGAAGGGUCACGGCCGGCUUGGGAUAUCACCAAUUCCGAUCGGCAAGUCUUUGUCUCAAAGCUCGAAGAAUUCUCGUUCGUUCUUCCGAAAGGCUUUGUUCCGCCCUCGCGCCAUGCUUUAUCAAGGUUCUUCGCCGGAUACAUCAACGGAUUGAAUGAGCACCUGCCUUUUGUGCAUGUCCCCACUUUAUCUAUCGCCAAGUGCUCACCGGAACUCACCCUAGCGACAGCAGCUGCGGGAUCGCACUACCGGUUUGAGAAUGGCCGAGGAAUCGAGCUGUUCCAUGCGGCGAAAGCCAUAUUGUUGGAGCGCCUCCGCCGAAGAGACAGCCGGCAAGUACCUCUUCCCACGUGGAACUAUAUCUCCCCGCCUUCCGGCUAUCCCAAUUCACGGGGUUCUUCGAUGAUCUCGAACACAGCGAGCAGUCCCUUCCAAGCCCAACACCAUAUUCCAAAUCAACCUUUUAAUGCCUCAAUAUAUACGCCUGAUGACUCAGAUGCCCAUAUGGAAGUGAUACGAACCUUUUUAUUAUUGACCGUAUUCGCAUCCUGGGAGAAGCAGCCGGAACUUUUGCGAGAGAUUCUCUCACUUCAGAGCACGUUAGCAAGGCUUGUUCGAGAGCACGGCCUUACGGAGCCACCACCUACCAUGGAUCCCAUCAGCUGGGAAGAAUGGGUGCGAAGAGAAGGGAACAGGCGGACAAAGCUCAUCGUAUACUGUUUCUUCAACCUACACUCCAUCAUGUAUAACAUUCCUCCCUUAAUUCUCAACGGGGAGCUGAAGUUGAAUAUGCCCUGCUCCCAUGAUUUAUGGAAGGCAAGCAACGCUUCUCAAUGGCGCCGAGUGUUCCGCACCCGUCAAGGCUCUGAUGUACCUUUCCAAGAUGCGUUUGCUCGACUUUUCUUGAGAUCUUCUACCUCCCUACCAUCCGCCCCGAUCUCCCCUCUUGGCAACUAUAUCCUCAUUCACGCCAUCAUACAACAAAUAUUUUUUGCCCGUCAACUCUGCCUCUCUGCGCCAAAUAUGCAAGGCACCAGCUUGAGACAAGAAGAUCUCAUCGUCCUCGACAACUCAUUGAGUGCAUGGAAGGCUUUAUGGAAACGCACACCUGAAUCCAGCAUUGAUCCCCAGAAUCCAGCUGGUCCUAUCGCGUUCACAUCCACUGCACUCCUCGGUCUGGCUUAUAUCAGGUUACAUGUUGACCUAGGGCCCUGCCGACACCUAAUUACCCAGGACCCAAUGCAGAUUGCUAUGGCCUUAAGCGAAUCACCGCCUGUUAUCCGCAGCCCGCGGCUAAUCAUGGCCUUACUGCACUCCGCUCACGCUCUCUCCAUCCCUGUUCGACUGGGAAUCGAUUUUGUGGCAAGGACUCACUCGUUCUUCUGGAGCAUUCAGCACUCCCUCUGCAGUCUUGAAUGUGCAUUCCUUCUGAGUCGAUGGUUACUCGCCAUUCCCGCAACACAGCCAGACCAGCGGCUAUCGGAACACGAGCGCAAGCUUCUUUCGUGGAUCAAAAGCAUGAUGGAUGAAACCGACAUGGCUGUUGAUCCGCCCGGGCCACCAGAUAUGGAAUUCAUGGCUAACCCGUAUAAGGUGCGGCAGUUGAGUGUCGCUAUCGUCCGUGUAUGGGCCCGCACAUUCAAAGGUAAUACUAGUUGGGCGAUUGUGGACCUUGUUGGCUCGAGCUUGGAUGCCUAUGCGGACCUCCUAGAAAAUUAA